GGCAAAAGGAUUGACUCCUUAAACAAGAUAAAGAACACUGUUCAAUUUGCUUACUCUUGAAACUAAUUUGAAACAAACUGCAAAUACUAAACAAGGCAUUCAUUUAUUUUAUGAUUGCAAGUUAGAGAAUUUAAAGAAAACUUUGAUAUAUCAUUAAAUCCUGUAAACACACUGGGUGGGCAAUGUAAGUUGCUGACGCAAUAUUAAAAGCAACUCUAAUAAACAAGUGUCAACAAUGAAUAAACAUUCUGGAAGGAUGGGAUCUGGAUGGAGUAUCAGCUGAACGUAUGAUAAGAACCUCCAUUUUAGUCUCUUCUUUCGAGAGGUUAGAAACGUCAGGAAGAAUGGAAAUUGAGUGUGUGAGAAGAUUCUUAUGUUUGCUCAUUGUUCUCCAAGUACAGACAUUGUCCUUCACUGAAACGCAUCGUCCUGCCUCAGACGUCUGCGCAACUCAUAUCAUCUUGCCAGGUCCAAAAGGUGAGCAAGGUGAAACAGGUGACCCUGGUGAACCCGGAAAAACAGGAAAACUGGGUCCACCUGGACCAAAAGGAAUGAUUGGUGAACCUGGUCAGAAUGGAGAAGUUGGACGUAGGGGUAAAAUAGGUCCAGUUGGUUUAAAGGGUGAUAAAGGAAAUAAAGGUUACCCAGGACCACCUGGGUUGAAAGGUGAAUCAGGUAGCUUUUGUGACUGCGGAAGAUACCGGAAAAUUGUAGGACAGAUGGAUAUCAACAUUGCUCGUUUGAACAAUACAAUGCGCUUCGUGAAGAAUGUUAUUGCAGGUAUUAAAGAGACAGCAGAGAAAUUCUACCUAAUUGUGAAAGAAGGGAAGAAUUAUAAUGCUGCACUUCUGCACUGCCAAGACCGAGGAGGAACACUGGCAAUGCCAAAGGAUGAAGAGACAAACACACUGAUUGCUGCCUAUGUGAAUAAGACAGGUUUAUCUCGUGUGUUCAUUGGGGUGAAUGACCUAGAAAAGGAAAGACAAUUCAUGUACACCGACGCUACCCCUCUCCAGGAUUAUAGCCAUUGGAGACCAGGAGAACCCAACAACGCAUUUGGUGGUGAGGAUUGUGUAGAAAUUGUGAGCGAUGGAGGUUGGAAUGAUGUGGAAUGCCAUAUCACCAUGUAUUUCAUCUGUGAAUUUUUAAAGAAGUUUUCAUGAUCUAAAAGGAGUUUGUAGGUUUUACCAAAGGUAACACUCACUAGUGGCUUAUAAUAAAAACAUUUUGUUUUUAUCUUUGGUUUGUAAUGUAGUGAAUGAUAAUUAAUUACACUUAAUUAGAUCAGCCAAUUCCAAAGUAAAUCAUAAAAUUAUGUACAGAACUUUUGGAUUUCAAAGGAGGAAGUUAGGGUAAAAUAUUAAUCGAAGAUUUACUUUUCCAAUUUGGAAUUUCACUAUAUUGAACUCUGAUGUUAUAUUUAUAUAUUGUUUAGUAUAUUUUGCAAUUUAAUGCAGAUGAUCUAAAAUGUUCCCUGCAGUGAUCCAUUUAAUUUAGCCCCAUACAUUAUUUCCUACUAUACAGCCCAAAUCUUUUUGUACAAUUGUCUCUUUUAUAGUUUAACAACAGACCCCAUUAUGAAAUCUGGCUCUACCCAAUUCUUAACAUCUUUACAAAUCUCUUUUCAAAAAGGUGAGUACACUAGGGAAUAUGCAUUUCCCAUCUCUUACAGUAUUUAAUAUAGACGACACAAAGAUACCAAAUUCUCAACAAUGUGGUCAUUUUUUGUAACUUUUGAGCAUUUGUAACUAAGGCAAUUCUCUCACUCUGCUGUUAAUUUUUUAAACUCCAUUCCAUCAGGUCAGAAAGCUAGAGCGUUAAGGGUAUUAAAAUGGGGAAAAUUAGCUGAUCAGUCAAAGGUUGCUCUUGUAUUGUUUCCUCUUUGUUGACAUCCAAGUACUCUUCAGGAAGCAAAACAUCCAAAGAUGCAAAAUCCUUGGUGCUGCAAUAUUUUAGACAUUCCUUCUUUCAUCUUCCCUGAUAUUCAAAAAGUAGACCAAGUUAAAAAUCACACA